UUUAAACAAAGACAGACAAUGGGGAUUUUGACAAUUUAGUGCGACUGAAAACCUCGUGUACUUUUGAUAACCUCAUAUCGGUUUCGAGCUGAUUCUCGUGUUUGCCGGCAAGUUUCUCGAAAGUUCUUCUUUACUUCCGCCAAUUAAACACAAAAAAUGUCUGGAGCUGCCAAACGCUUGAUUCCCCUCUUCGACCGUGUGCUCAUCAAAAAAGCCGAAAUGGUCACGAAAACCAAAGGCGGAAUUGUAAUUCCUGAGAAAGCACAAGCCAAAGUUUUGCAAGGGACUGUUGUGGCCGUAGGACCUGGUGCUCGGAAUAAUAAUGGAGAGACUGUUCCCUUGACUGUUAAAGUGGGAGAUAACGUACUACUUCCGGAAUAUGGGGGCACUAAAGUAGAACUUGAAGAAAAUCAAGAAUAUCAUCUUUUCAGGGAAUCAGAUAUUCUAGCCAAAUUGACGCAGUAAAACCGCCUUUUGUACUUUUUUUUUGUAAUUUCGUUACAUUCUCUAUGAGAAGUCUGCCGUAAAUUUAAGUUA